GCCUGCGCAAUGAUUCACAAUAACAAAUUACGUAAUGAAAUGAAGAUUAAGAAGGGUAAAACAGCACAAAAUUUGAUACUACAGACUAUAAGCUAGACCAGAGCAGCGAGAAAAAGUAAUGUCGAGUCACUAGCAGACGACGCCACAAUCAAAACAUAAGUCUCAGCUAUGGACAGCAGCCAAUCAGGAACGCAGCCAUACAUGCACAAUGCGUACACAGCUGUUCGUGUGCUUCCCCGGCUCACGGCUGUCACUCGCUGGUGUCGUAAUGUGGAGUGCUGUGACAUGUUGAAACUUGAAAUAGUGAAAGAUUGGUGUUACCUGUGGAAGUAAACAUAAAGUAGUAGAAGUAAAAUGUCACGGAAUCGCUUUCGUACGGAACAGCUUGAGCGCGAAAUACGUGCCAGGCCUAUGCAGGAGGUGCAUGCCAGGCCUUUGCAGGGGGUGCGUGCCAGUCCAUUACACUGGUCUGAGCAGUCUGACAACAGCUCUGACGGAGACCAGGAUGAGGUUGAUGGAGUGGAAGACAGUCCCCAUCCUUCUGUAGAGUCACAAGAGUAUGAAGCUGAAGAUGAGGAACCAUAUGCUGAUUAUGAACUUCGUAGAGUCGAUGGCAGAAAUCGAUACCGCGAAUCCUCGAGAAGUCCUGUGUUGAAUAGAAGACCCAUAAAUCAGCGUGCUGCAGUCACGGAGGAAUACAGGAUUUGUAGAGAGAGCAAUGACUCAUUUCAUCCUAAAGUUUAUGUUCCAGAAUAUCAGAAUGAUUGGAAACUUAAAUAUGAACAAAACAAUGCCUUAAAAGAGUCAGUGCAAGGUAAAGACAGUAGAAACCUAAAAAUGCCUUUGACUGUAGCUUUUUCGUUAGUAAUAGGUUUCUGUCUAGUCUACGGAACUUUUUUUGCAAGUUCUUCUGAAGAAAAUAGUUAUACAGGCAUAGAAAAUAUGGCUGCAGCAGUGAAAAAUGCAUUGUUACGAUAUGAAAAUAUUCCAGAGGAUGUUGAAUUUCAGCUUUCUGCCGGUAUACGUAACGUAGUGGAAAGUGAUCCCACCAAACCUUCAAUUUUUGUUCUCCUCCACAAUAACACUGGUGAGGGACCUUUUUGCCUGGCAAAUACUAUUGGUAAUCUUGCAAUGAAAUACUUAGAAUCAGAUGAAGAAUUUCCUCUCAUUUUGAAACCGGAUGAAUUGUUGCAGAAUGAAAAUAUGUCUAGGGACUAUGGCUGGAUUAUAGAACAUUACAAACCUCUUAUUGAGAAACACCGUUCAGUAAUAGUUAACAAUUUGCAGAGUUUUCCUGGCAGAAUGGCCAUGGCUUUUCAUUUCUUAUGUGAUGUAGAAAACCCUGUAGUUCGAAAGGCCCUAUUUCUUUUUACAUUGCAUGUUCCAAAUGUGCACAGUAGGAAGGUAGUGGAGCAGGCAGAAAAUGUGAUGCACAAUAUUUGGAGAGAAGAAGUUGAUAAUGAUCAACGUCAGGCUCUUAUAACACGCUUGACAGAGGAUGUAAUUUCUUUGCCACUGAACAUAUUACACAAUGAAGCAUGUCCCUGACUGGAUAAGUAUUACUCCAAAUUGUGAAAUCUGUAAAUGUGGAGUAUUGUUUAAUACUUAUGAGUUGACUAGAAUCAGUGUUGUGAAAAUAAUAUAUUUUAGAAUUUUUUCUGCAACUUGUGAAUCUGUCGGAAGAUACUUUAUUGGUGCAUAUUGUUUUAUUUGUUAGUUUUCUUUACAACAACAAAAUAUUUGCACUAAGGUAGGAUCGUAUCUUAGAUUACAAAUUUGAACAGUAUCCUUUCUUUUUAUUUCUGAAAAAUAUUAGACUGUGUAUGAUAAUAAUGUUUAAUCUGUGUCUAUUAGUACCAUCAUAUACUGGAUUAGUGAUUCAGUGUAAUUUUCAGCUUUAAGCAGAGUUAAACUUGAAAAAGACUGGGGUAUUUCACACUCAGCAUAACAUUAUACUGAUCCCAUGGAAAAGAAAAGCAAAAUACUGUGAAGAUAUCGGUGUUGGAUAUGUUACCAGAGCUCUUUUAUUAAUUGUGCUUAGCUUAUCUGUUUACAUUAUUAUGAAGACAUGUUACAUUUUUCACAAGAUUUUCAAAUAGGAUUUGAUUGCAUACCUUUUUUGUGGCAUAUAUUGUAUUUUGUCAUUACCGACUUUUUGUUUUUCAUUUAUUUAGGUAUUCACAAUUGCUUGCAAAAAUGCAGAAACGUGUCAGCCUAUAUUAUUGUUGUUUCAUAUAUCACACAUUGAUUCUAUUCAACUUUAUGAAAUGAAAUUGCACAGAGGACAAAUAUUAUAAUAGGACUAAUGCUUAUAUUGUGUUUGGUAAUCAUGUAUUUCUGUAGCAUGUUAUUCUUCCACAACUUUUGUUUCUUUGCAAGGUGAAUGUUUUAUGCAAAUGAAAUCAACUGGCAAGUGGGCUAAACAGUUUACUUUGCCCUCUUAUUGUAAUCGUUUUGCUAUGAUAUUUGGGUGCUGGAGAAAUAUAUUAAAAUGAUAUUUGCUAAACAAAAGACAGACAACACUGGAAACAAAAAAAUCUUCGUUUUGAUUUCUAUCAUCUUAGCAGUUUUUUUCACAUUGUAUUUAAAUUGUAAAUUUAUCACAAUAAAGUGUUAUAAUGUUUACGAAGAGCAAGCAAA